CCUUUCCUUCCAUAUCAACGGCAUCCAACGCUCUCCUCCAAAUUCGACGGCCCAAAUCGCACGCCGCCGCCUAAAAGGAACCGGAGAAGGGCAAGAGAGGAAACGCGCUCCCGGCGGUUUCGGCGGCCGAGGCAGGGGAAAGGCGUCUCGUUAGAUCCCUCCAGGACAUGGAAGCCGACAGCAUCGCGUGCAUCUCGCUGUCGGAUGGGACGGCGGUGGACGACGAGGUCACCGUCCCCUUGUCGAAGCCGCAAGGCGGCAGGAUCGGGACUGUUGACGGCGGCGGAGUCGUUCCGGCGACGACGAUGAGUCCGGCGAGCAGCGUGCACGAGUUGCUCGAGUGCCCCGUCUGCACCAACUCGAUGUACCCUCCGAUCCACCAGUGUCAAAAUGGACACACUAUUUGUUCAACCUGCAAGACGAGGGUCCAUAACCGAUGCCCCACUUGCAGACAAGAACUUGGGGACAUAAGGUGUUUAGCUUUAGAGAAGGUGGCUGAAUCACUUGUGCUUCCUUGCAAGUACUUUUCUGCAGGAUGUCCAGAAGUCUUCCGAUACUACAGCAAACUCAAACACGAAACGGUAUGCAACUUCAGACCGUACAACUGCCCUUAUGCUGGUUCUGAAUGUUCUGUGGUCGGGGAGAUUCCUUUCCUGGUUGCACACUUGAGGGAUUACCACAAGGUGGAUAUGCAUACCGGAUGCACAUUCAACCAUAGAUACGUUAAGGCCAAUGCUCGAGAGGUUGAAAAUGCUACCUGGAUGCUGACUGUGUUCCACUGUUUCGGUCAGUACUUCUGCCUGCACUUUGAGGCAUUUCAGCUCGGCGUUGCUCCAGUUUACAUGGCGUUUGUCCGCUUCAUGGGCAAUGAACACGAAGCGAAGCAAUUCAGAUACAGCCUUGAGGUUGGUUCGAAUGGCAGGAAGCUCAUAUGGGAAGGCAUUCCUCGUAGCAUCCGCGACAGCCACCAAAAAGUUCGCGAUAGCCACGAUGGUUUAAUCAUCCAGCGGAACAUGGCACUUUUCUUCUCAGGGGGAGAUCGGAAGGAGUUGAAGCUCCGGGUUACCGGCCGCAUAUGGAAGGAUCAGCAGAACCCCGGCGGUGGUGCUGGAAUGUCGACGACACCACCCUAUCUCUGAACCUGAAACUUGCAGCCAUAGCGAUUGUACAAAUUGUUCUGUUACGUUGGAUCUGUCUUCACUUCUUAGAAGAACUCUAUGCUCAGUUAAGUUUGUCUGCGCCAAGGAAUAUUCAGUUGUCUGCUGAUUUUAGUGUUCAUCUAUUGAGAACAUUCGCUUCGUCAA